GGUGUGGUUCCCCACCCCCACCCCGCCCCCGCCACGCCGAGGAUUCUGGGUGGUGUAGUCCCGACGCCCUGAUGAAGAAGAGCCCCAGCCGGUGGCUGGAGAGACCCCUUGUUCUUUGGUGGCGCUGCAGGUCCAUUCCUGAUACAACAGGUGCUACCCUGUUGCAGCUUAAGGAUUUCCACCAACUUUCCUGAAUGCUUUUUAUUCUUGUUCUGCCUCAUGUGACCCCUGGCUGCCUAGAGAAGACUGCCUGGUGGGGAAAGGAAGGACUCCUGGGCUCCUGACUGCUCAGCUUCAGAUCUACCUUCUGAAUAUCAUCCUUCUUUAGGGAGUCCAGGAAAAGUGGCCACAGGGUCCCGGAGAGCAAGGGGAAUGGCACAUAUGGCAUUCAGGGAUGUGGCUGUGGAUUUCUCCCAGGAGGAGUGGAGCCUGCUGAGCCCUGCUCAGAGGUCUCUGUACAAGGAGGUGAUGCUGGAGAACUAUAGCAACUUGGUCUCUCUGGGAAUUCCAUUUUCUAAACCAAAACUCAUCACCCAGCUUGAGCAAGGGAAAGAAACAUGGAGGGAAGAAAGAAAAUGUCUAUUGUCUACCUGUCCAGCAGAAGCAAAGCCAGAACUCCAGCCCGGUCCGUUGUGCCCUCCGGAUUUCUCCAGUCAGAAAUUCCCUGUGCAGCAGGUGCUGUGUAAUCAUCCCCCCUGGAUCUUCACGUGCUUGUGUGCAGAAAGUCAUGCUGAGCCUGGGGAUCCAUGCCUGGAGGACCAGACGCAGCAGCAGCAAGCCUCUGAUGGAAGCUCCUGGAGUGAUCAGGCAGAAGGCCAGGAGAGAGGAGGGACCAAGCCUUUGUUUGGUAGGAUAAAAAAAAGGUCUUUGGGAGCUUUUUCCAAGCCACCCCAAAAGCAGCCAGUCAGCUCUCAGAAUGGCAUGAGAGGGGUAGAAAUGGAGGCCAGCCCAGCUCAGACAGGGAACCCUGAGGAAACAGACAAAUUGCUGAAGAGGAUAGAAGUUCUUGGAUUUGGAACCAUCAACUGUGGAGAGUGUGGACUGGGCUUCAGCAAGAUGACAAACCUCCUUAGUCACCAGAGGAUACACUCAGGGGAGAAGCCUUAUGUGUGUGGCGUGUGUGAAAAAGGCUUCAGUCUAAAGAAAAGCCUUGCCAGACACCAGAAGGCACACUCUGGAGAGAAACCCAUCGUGUGCAGGGAGUGUGGACGUGGUUUCAACCGGAAGUCAACCCUCAUCAUUCAUGAGAGGACACACUCGGGUGAGAAGCCUUAUAUGUGCAGUGAGUGUGGGCGAGGCUUUAGUCAGAAGUCAAACCUCAUCAUACACCAGAGGACACACUCAGGGGAGAAGCCUUAUGUGUGCCGGGAGUGUGGCAAAGGCUUUAGCCAAAAGUCAGCUGUCGUUAGACAUCAGAGGACGCACCUAGAGGAGAAGACUAUCGUGUGCAGUGACUGUGGCCUUGGCUUCAGUGAUAGGUCAAACCUCAUCUCCCACCAGCGGACACACUCGGGGGAGAAGCCUUAUGCCUGUAAGGAGUGUGGGCGAUGCUUCAGGCAGAGGACCACCCUUGUCAACCACCAGAGGACACACUCAAAGGAGAAGCCUUACGUGUGUGGGGUGUGUGGGCACAGCUUUAGCCAGAACUCCACCCUCAUCUCUCACAGGAGGACGCACACGGGGGAGAAGCCGUAUGUGUGUGGGGUGUGUGGGCGAGGCUUCAGUCUGAAGUCACACCUCAACAGACACCAGAACAUUCACUCAGGGGAGAAGCCAAUCGUGUGCAAGGAUUGUGGUCGAGGUUUCAGCCAGCAAUCAAAUCUCAUCAGACACCAGAGGACACACUCAGGGGAAAAGCCCAUGGUAUGUGAGGAGUGUGGGCGAGGCUUCAGCCAGAAGUCCAAUCUCGUUGCACACCAAAGGACACACUCAGGGGAAAGGCCGUAUGUGUGCCGGGAGUGCGGGCGAGGCUUCAGUCACCAGGCAGGGCUUAUUAGGCACAGGAGGAAGCACUCGAGGGAGAAGCCUUACAUGUGCAGGCAGUGUGGACUAGGUUUCAGCAAUAAGUCGGCCUUGAUCACACAUAAGCAGGUACACUCAGAAGAGAAGGCUUCUGUGUGCCGAGAGUGCGGCCAAGGCUUUAUCCUGAAGUCACACCUCAUAUCCCAUCAGAUGGCACACAAGGGGGAGAAACCUUAUAUGUGCAAGGCCUGCGGGCAAGGCUUCAGGCAGAAAUCUCAUCUCAAGAGACACAGGAAGUGCAUCCACCACAAACCGACACUCCAGCCCACCUCCGAGCCCCGCUUGGGGCAAUCUGAUCCCUUGUAUUCCCUUUGAAAGUGAAGAUGGUGGAGAGACUAAUGGUCAAAAUCUUUACACUUCCAUGUAAUGGAGUCGGAAAAUGCAUUCCAUAAGUGACCAGAGGACAUUAAUUUAGUGUACUUUCUCCCCAGUAAAUCUCCAUGUUUUGUGGCCUUUUGUUCUAAUAAACUUUGCUUCUUUAUAAAUCUGGAA